UCACACCGGCUGCAUCGGAAGCGACAGCACCGGGGCUCUCAUCAUGUCUGGCCGGGGCAAGGGCGGCAAGGGGCUCGGCAAGGGCGGCGCCAAGCGCCACCGCAAGGUGCUGCGCGACAACAUCCAGGGCAUCACCAAGCCGGCCAUCCGCCGCCUGGCUCGGCGCGGCGGCGUCAAGCGCAUCUCGGGGCUCAUCUACGAGGAGACGCGCGGCGUGCUCAAGGUCUUCCUGGAGAACGUCAUCCGCGACGCCGUCACCUACACGGAGCACGCCAAGAGGAAGACGGUCACGGCCAUGGACGUGGUCUACGCCCUCAAGCGCCAGGGUCGCACUCUCUACGGCUUCGGCGGUUAAAGCCUCGCAUUCCUCCUGGACCACCGUGACAAAAACCCCAAAGGCUCUUUUAAGAGCCACCCACGAAUUUCUUAAAAAGAGCUGUAUUACAAUGUUACAAGACCUAAAAGGAACAGCGAUACUAUUUUUAAAUCUUUCAUAAACUGUUAACGCAAUGCUACAAAUGUUUCUGAGAGCUCUCAAAUGUGAAAGUUCGCUGUUAACAGGGAAUUUGUCUUUGCUAUAUGAGGUGGUUCUUUUGUGUUCUAAAUUCUCUGAAAAAUCGCUUCAAAUACUCUUAAAUUAAAUGUGUAUUUUCGCAAUGUCCGCCGAUUUAAACAAUUAUGUAAAAUGUUAUUCCAAAUCUCGAUUUUUUAAAAUAUUGUAUUGGACUAAGUAUUGAGCACUUUGUAUCAGUGUUUCGACUACGGAAAAAUUGGAAAGUUGCCCUGAAGUGA